UGGCCGCUAGCUGGGCGAGCGGUCACAAUAGGAGGCGGCGGCCCAGCAAGGAGCCGCGGGAGCAGCCCCGCCGGGCGGAGCCUCCCCUCGCAGAUAUCUCCCGGGUCCAAUUCAGCACCUCUACCUGGCCAUCCUAACAAGGUGAUUUGUGAAAGGGUGAGACUUCAGAGCCUGUUCCCUCUCCUCCCAAGUGAUCAGAAUACUACCGUUCAAGAGGAUGCUCACUUCAAAGCUUUCUUCCAGAGUGAAGAUAGUCCGAGUCCCAAGAGACAGCGCCUCUCUCAUUCAGUCUUUGAUUAUACAUCAGCAUCACCAGCUCCCUCACCACCAAUGCGACCAUGGGAGAUGACAUCAAAUAGGCAGCCCCCUUCAGUUCGAUCAAGCCAACAUCACUUCUCAGGGGAACGAUGCAACACACCUGCACGCAACAGAAGAAGUCCUCCUGUCAGGCGCCAGAGAGGAAGAAGGGAUCGUCUGUCUCGACAUAAUUCCAUUAGUCAAGAUGAAAACUAUCACCAUCUCCCUUACGCACAGCAGCAAGCAAUAGAGGAACCUCGAGCCUUCCACCCUCCGAAUGUAUCUCCCCGUCUGUUACACCCUGCUGCUCAUCCACCCCAGCAAAAUGCAGUAAUGGUUGACAUACAUGAUCAGCUCCAUCAGGGCACUGUCCCUGUUUCUUACACAGUAACAACAGUGGCACCACAUGGGAUCCCACUCUGCACAGGCCAGCACAUCCCUGCUUGCAGUACACAACAGGUCCCAGGAUGCUCUGUGGUUUUCAGUGGACAGCACCUCCCUGUCUGUAGUGUGCCUCCUCCAAUGCUUCAAGCAUGUUCAGUUCAGCACUUACCAGUACCAUAUGCUGCGUUCCCACCCCUUAUUUCUAGUGACCCAUUUCUUUUACAUCCUCCUCACCUUUCUCCCCAUCAUCCUCCUCAUUUGCCACCACCAGGCCAGUUUGUCCCUUUCCAAACACAGCAAUCACGAUCGCCUCUGCAAAGGAUAGAAAACGAAGUGGAACUCUUAGGAGAGCAUCUUCCAGUAGGAGGUUUUACUUACCCUCCAUCAGCCCAUCCCCCAACAUUACCUCCAUCAGCUCCUUUGCAGUUCUUAACCCAUGAUCCUUUGCAUCAGGAGGUGUCCUUCGGAGUACCUUAUCCUCCAUUUAUGCCUCGGAGGCUCACAGGACGUAGUAGAUAUCGAUCCCAGCAGCCAAUACCACCUCCCCCUUAUCAUCCCAGCUUACUACCAUAUGUAUUAUCAAUGCUCCCAGUGCCACCUGCAGUGGGCCCAACUUUCAGCUUUGAAUUGGACGUGGAAGAUGGAGAAGUAGAAAAUUAUGAGGCCCUGUUAAACCUGGCAGAGCGACUGGGAGAGGCUAAGCCUCGAGGACUGACUAAAGCAGAUAUCGAACAGCUUCCUUCUUAUCGGUUCAAUCCUAACAACCACCAGUCAGAACAGACUUUGUGUGUAGUAUGCAUGUGUGAUUUUGAGUCAAGGCAGCUACUUAGAGUUUUACCCUGUAACCACGAGUUCCAUGCCAAGUGUGUCGACAAAUGGCUUAAGGCAAAUCGUACUUGCCCAAUCUGCCGAGCUGAUGCUUCAGAAGUGCAUCGGGAUUCAGAAUGACUAACCUAAGAGCACAAAUUUAGUUUGGGUGUUCCUCAUCACAUGUAUAUACGAACUAUCCAUUGAACUUAAUCUGUGUGGCUUCCAGCCCUCCCUUUACCAAAAGGGUCAAUGGACCUUUCUUUGCACUGUGUGACUUAAUCAACUAUAAAAGCUUACAAUUAGUCUUCACAAUUAUGGGAUUGUUAUACUAACCGUGUGAUUGGAACUCCAAAGACUUUUUCUUUAGCUUAAUUUUGUGUGUGCACUAACAUUCCCUGGUUUUUGUGUGAUCAUUCCGAGUGUUGCUGCAAGAUUACAGUGGACGUGAUCUUUUAGCAUGUGCUUUUAUAAAAAGUGGUAGCUCCAGAUGAUAUAGCAAUCUACCUUAUAUAGAGCCUUCAGAAACUGUGAGUGGAAAUGAAUGCAGCGUAUGACUGUUGGUGAUAAAUGUAUCUGUGUGUGGGAGAGAGUGUGCGCAACUACUUGUGUGAGGGCAUGGUAGCUAAUGUGUGUAUGAGAUCCUAUAUACCAGCAUGUACCAAGAAUGUGUGUGUAGUUUUAAUUAUGCUGCAAUGUAUAAUCUGGUGUGUUAUUUAAACAGCACUAGUACUGUACACUGGUUUUUUCCCUUGUGUUUGCUGUUGCACACUGAUUGCUAAGGGUGCAUCAAUGAUAAGCAUUGAAUACUCCAUCCCUUCCCUCCCAGUGAAUGGAAUGAGAAAAGCCUUCUUCCUUUGCUUCAGGCAGCUGUCACCUUCUCUUCGUUGGUGGUCCCAAGUGGGUCACUUAAGAAAAAAAGUGUAACAGAUUUCUCACUCCAUGAACCGGAUUUUUUGAUUCUGUUGUGGGAAAAAAAAAAUUUUUUUUUUUUAAUCUCCAACUUGCUGUUUCCAAAAAGAAGGUGCAAUAUCAUACAUCAUCAGUUAGCAAUAUUAGCAUUUCAAUCAGUGAUUUGAAUGUUGAUACUUUCUUGUUUUUUCCUUUACAUUUCCAGUAAGCUUCUUAGAGGAAGUACCUGUGAUUUUUUUUUUUUUUAAUGUUUAGGAUUGUAGUCUAUUCUGAAUAUAUUUGAGUAAUAUAUUUCUAAGAAUAUCGCUGGUCCCAUGAAGUCUCACCUCCUUUACUUCCACCAGAACAAAAUCUGUUAGCUAAUUCAGCUUGACUUCUGAUACGUUCUUUGUUAAGCUCUCAUAGGCAACUAAAUUGUUUUAAGAAACUGUAUUUCUGUUUGUAUCGAUUCACCUGCCAACCUCCAAUUCUGAAAGUUGUCUAGUUCUUCCCUCAGUAAAUGUGCUUCUCAUGGAAACCCUCAUUUCCAGGAUGGAUCAAGUGCUGUGACAGCUCGAAUUCUUAGACCUGAUGUGCUUCGAUGUUUUAUUGCUUUUUAAAAAAAUUUUUGUUUGAAUGAGAAAAAUUUAAUAUAACAGGUCCAGAAUACUUGCAGUAUAAAUGAAGAUUUGAUUUUUGUAUAAAAAAUAAUGCUGUAAAACAGGAAUUGACCUUCAUUUAGUUGAUCUGAAAUAAUACAUAGCUCUGUGGGGGUUUUUUAUAGGUCCAUUGAGCAUCAUUUAGAUUGUUUAAAGUCAUUUUUCCAGCAAUGUUUUGAUUCCUCCCUCGUUCUUUUAUUGUCUUCAACAUUGUCUGUCUCUUCCUGCAGUUGAGGUCAUUGCUUUGUUUGCAGUAGCGCAAGCUGCAUAAUCCCAGUCAGGACUGUGAUGACUUGCUGCCAGCCUCACUCAGCUUUCAGUUGGCUCUGUGUCAGUUUUCUACUCAGUGUUAACUACUUGUUACUGCCAUGCUACUUGCCUUCCCUUGAAGUCUAUAAGCUCAUCCCAGCUUAGAGUUCAGUAAAGUCAAUUCUCACAGAAGCACAAUUUUGCCCUUUUCCAGACACUGUUGCCUCUUUCUAGUCAGACAAAUAGGAUUUUGCACACUUUCUGUUUGCCCCUGUAUUUGUCAGUGCAUCAGAAAUACAUCUCAACAGUGCUAAGGUGCACAUGUUACUUUUCAAUCAUUAGGACGUUCCCCACCUGUUCUGAUGAAUAAAAAGCGUGUUGAAGACCAAAAUUAUUGGCAUAGGCAUAAUAAUCAGCUACAUUAUGAAUCACGUAUAGUUUGAUCUUUAUUUUUUUUAAUUAUAAAAAAUCAUGUUUAAAAUGGCAGAAGCCCAUCUUAUACAUAGACUCUUUUAUAUAGCUGCAAAAAAUUUAUAUCUGUACAGAUCUAACAUAACACUACUACACUCAGUAUUCAUUUUAUUGAAGCAUGCAAGUAAAGCACUUUUUCUAAUUUAUAUAGAUACCUAAUUAACAAGGCACAUUGUACUAAUGACUAGGAAAAAAUAGCUCUUUCUUCCCUCCCUCUUACGAUGAAUUCUUGUCAUAAUAUCCCUUUUCCACCAAAUUUUCGAGAGGCAGUUGGCAAUUUAGGAGGCAGCAGGGUCUAUUUUGGUAAAAUCCUGAAGUAAUGUUGCACUCUUGUGACUGAUCUCUCUUUGGGAAUGUCUUUCUUUGCAUGGGGCCCUUAGAGAUGUGUACAGAUUUGCUUAUUAAGUGGUUAGUGUGUAUUAGGAGCAUACAUUGCAUGUGUUCUGAACCAGCUCAGACUAGCCACUGUGAGCAACUUCAUGGCUAGCAAAAGAAAGAAUAGUUGAUUCAUGCCCACCUGUUGUCACCUUGAGCGAUGCACCAGAUAGCAGGCAGAUGUUGGUUUGUUGCCUUCUUCCUCUUUUCUCCUAAACAAUAUUGGCUUUACCAUCUUAACUCUGCUGUGGGGUUUCAUUUUGUGUUGUUUUGCAUGAAUUAUCAUUUUUGAAUUAUUUUAGCGUGCUCCCCCCCCCCC